AUGCCGAUGUCCAAGUUCCACUCUUCCGAUUCUGAUCAAGUGGCUCUCGACUGGGGCUCAGGGGAUGCUAACACUGAGCAGGUUGAGAGUCACUGUCCCAAAUGGGUGUUAAAGGUCAGCCGUGGCAGCUUCAACCUCUAUGUGACUGACGCCGCUGAGCUCUGGAGCACCUGCUUCACGCCGGACAACCAGGCAGCCCUCAAAGCCCGAUUCAGUCUGAAUGCGGCUGAGGACAUCACCCCCCGGUUCAGGGCGGCCUUCAAGCGACAAGCUGUGGCUCUGAUGCUGCAGGAGGACAGAGCAUCCCUGACCCUUUCAGGGGGGCCCUCAGAGCUCACCUUUGACCUCUUCAAGGUGCCAAGUCCAGAGGCAGCACCCAGCUUACAGGCACUGGCACUGGGCCUGGCAAGGCAUGUGUGCAGCCUGGAACAGCGGCUGGCAGGUGCUGAGGAGACAGCUGCCAGCCACAGGAAGAGCCCCUGGCCCCCAGGGCGCCAGCUCUUCUUACCAGACCCGGAUCCCCAGAGAGGUGCCCCUGGACUUGGGGUCAGAAGACGGUGUCCCAGAGAGCCCUUCAUCAACCCUGGCUGCAAGAAUAAAAAACCAGCUGCUGGUGUAGACUUUGAUGAUACCUGA